UGACAGGGACGCACCGCCCUCCCGUUGGCGAGCGGGCGCCGGCGAACAUGGCAGAGGAGCGGCGCUGAGUCCGCGCGGCCGCCCGGGAAGGGCGCAGGGUCUCCCCUGAGAGCCUCGGAAGGGAGCGCAGCGCCGGCGCCUCCGCGGGGCUGUGUGUGAUGGUGCGAGCAUGGCGGAGCAGCCGGCGGCCGCGGCGCUGCUGAGGCGGGGGGCGGCCGGUCCCGGCCCCGGCGGCGGCGGCGGCGACGGCGGCAGCAACAGCAGCAGCAGUAGCAGCAGUAUAGAGCGGGGGCUGCCUCCCUCUCCCCGCUGAGAGAAGGAGGGAGCGCCUCGCCUCGCCGCCGCCAUGCUGCCCGGSGUGGGGGUGUUCGGCACCGGGCUGACGGCGCGGGUGAUCGUGCCGCUGCUCAAGGCGGAGGGCUUCGCCGUGAAGGCGCUGUGGGGCCGCACGCCCGAGGAGGCGGAGGAGCUGGCCAAGGAGAUGAGCGUCCCUUUCUACACCAGCCGCAUCGACGAGGUGCUGCUGCAUCAGGACGUCGACCUGGUCUGCGUCAACCUGCCGCCGCCGCUCACCCGGCAGGUCGCCGUCAAGACCCUGGGCAUUGGGAAAAACGUCAUCUGUGACCGAACGGCGACUCCCCUGGACGCCUUUAGGAUGAUGACUGCGGCUCAUUAUUACCCAAAGCUCAUGAGCAUCAUGGGGAAUGUAUUGCGCUUCCUUCCUGCCUUCGUGAAGAUGAAGCAGCUGAUCCAGGAGGGUUACGUAGGGGAGCUGCUGGUGUGCGAGGUGCAGGUCCACAGCGGGAGCCUGCUGGGAAAGAAGUACAACUGGAGCUGCGAUGACUUGAUGGGAGGCGGGGGCUUGCACUCGGUGGGCACCUACAUCAUCGACCUGCUGACCUUCCUCACCAGCCAGAAGGCUGUGAAGGUGCACGGGCUGCUCAAGACCUUUGUGAAGCAGACGGAYCACAUCAAGGGCAUCCGGCAGAUCACCAGCGACGACUUCUGUACGUUUCAGAUGGUCCUGGAAGGGGGGGUGUGCUGCACAGUGACGCUCAACUUCAACAUCCCAGGGGAGUUCAAACAGGACAUCAUCGUGGUGGGCUCAGCGGGACGGCUGAUUGUGAUAGGCACUGAUCUCUACGGGCAGAGCAACAGCUCUCCUCAGCGGGAGCUCCUGCUGAAGGACUCCACACCAGUCAGCAACUCCUUGCUUCCAGAGAAAGCCUUCAGUGACAUCCCAUCCCCCUACCUGCGGGGCACCAUUAAGAUGGUCCAGGCUGUCCGGCAGGCCUUUGAGGACCAGGACGACAGGAGGACCUGGGACGGGAGGCCCCUUACAAUGGCUGCCACUUUUGAUGACUGUCUGUAUGCCCUGUGUGUGGUGGACACUAUUAAAAAGUCAAACCAGCUGGGGGAGUGGCAGAACAUUUCAAUCAUGACUGAGGAGCCAGAACUGAGCCCGGCAUACUUAAUCAGCGAAGCCAUGCGGAAGAGCAGGAUGUCUCUGUACUGCUAGCUCCUCUGAGCUCCUAGGAAACAAUAGGAACCAGACAGSUCUUGGAGAUGGUAAUUCAGCCCCUGUGAAGGGCUUGAGUCUCUUAGAAACAGCUGAGGAUACAGGAAAAGGAAAUACAGUGUCUGGAUCAAUUAGAUCUGUUGGCAGCUAAAUGCCAAACUGAUAUGAUCCUUCAAAAUGCCCAAAACAGAUAGGAGACUUAAGAGCUGAUAAACUUAACUGUUUUAAUAACAGUAUUAGCUGGCUGAUUGCAAAGAUACAUCACAGACUCAUCCCCUGCUUGCAGGUGCUUUAGAUUAUCCAAUUGUGUUUACUGUGCAAGGUUGGGAAGAUCCUUUUAGAUUUUUCUUACCUACCAGAGGGCUGUGAAGGUACUGUUGUGUCAUUAAAUUUUCUGUAAUGUCUGACAUAAAUGGUUCUUACCAUGACAGCUGACACCACCAUGCUGUAUUAUUACACCUCCAACCAACACACAGAAUAACAGGACUUGAUGUGAAAGUGCCGCAUGAUUCAGAAAAUCUUGGCAGCUGACUUUUCUUACAGCCUGUUAGGAGCUUCUCUGUGUUGGUUUAGUAGUCGUUCUUUUUUUUGGUUUGGUUUUUUUUUGUUUGUUUUGUUUUGUUUC